UGUUGAAGGAAAAUGGUACAGGAUAUUUCGUUGGCAGUAAGCUUGUUGGCGCCUUGGCUGGGAUCUGUGGACAGCUUCCCGUUCCUCAAGUCUCUCAUCGACAAAGUCGGCGCUGACGAGAAGAUUAAAGCUUACGUGGCGUCCAGACCAGACACACCUCUCUAAGUUGUCAAUUCCAGAUUUUUUAAAGCACAACGAAACAAAACACAAAAAAGAUGUUGACACCAGAUUAACUACCUAAAAUUUGAUGUGAAGAAACAAGUGCCCUGGCCUUAGAGUGUUUUAAAUGGACGUAACAUCCCUACAAUAUUAAGCUGAUAAACUGCCAAUAGCUUUGGGACACCAGCAGACUUCAAAAGGACACAGCUAGAAAAAUGAAAGACUUCUUUCGGAAUUACUUGGUGAAAAAUUGUGAAAUGGUAUGGGUUUAACGCCCCUACCAACACUAUUUGCGGCAUUACUUUUUUCCAAUAAAAAGCCCCAUAUGGAAAUAAUCACUGCUAGUAAUGUAUGGUCGACGUUAUUGUUUCGCCUUAGCUUAACACAGUACAUAGUAACAUUGGACUAUUACUGGAUGUUAUAAUGUGUGUGUAUGAGGGUUGAGAAUGUCAGAGUAUGUAUGAGUCCUCGAGAGAUUUGUUGAAUUAAAAUAGUAAAAUUUGUUAUAUUUCUUCGUCGUUUUCUUAAUGUCAUUUUAGAGCAAAUUUCCGGAAAUUCUUUUUCUUUGAUCAAGGCCAUCGUUUCACUUGAAAAUGGGACUUUUGCUAACGUUCAGAUUCACUGCUACAAUGAGCAAUAUCUCCGUUAGAGUCUUUUACUGUUAAUUAUUUUCAUUGUACAACGCCCAACAAAGUAUGGAACUGUAUAUGAUAAGAUUAGAUAAGAUAAAUCUUUAU